GGUAAACAUCAACGCCAUAACCAUAUUCACGUAUGUCUUUUCGUAUAUUCUAGUGUUUUAUUGACUGCGGCAGUGUCGGCGAUUUGGGCGGUUCUAUCUUUGGUUCUUGAUCCGUGGAAGCCACAGUAGUCGGCAAGAAACCUAUUAUAAUCUGAUUUGCCGGCGUGCAUGUUUAGCUGUUUACCGGAUUUCCUAUCUGGCAUUUAUUGAAAAUAAAUGGGCUGAAUCUGGUAUUUCAUGGGAGGUCUGGAUGAAACUGAACCACCUUUAAAACGUGUAAAAGGAUCUUCAGUCGAAUCGGAGAGCAUUUCAAGCAAGUCAUCUCUUCAAGGUCCCAUUGAUAAUUUGGGAGGCCCAAGAACCAGGCCUCUACCAUCCGCAGUGAAAGACAUGGUUGGUUCUAAGGGUGUUAUUAAAAAGGUAGAAUUUAUUAGGAUUAUCACAAAAGCCUUAUAUUCUCUUGGUUAUGAGAAAAGUGGAAAAGUUCUUGAAGAGGAAUCAGGAAUAAACUUAUAUUCAUCUACAGUAAGCCUUUUUAGGAAACAAGUGCUUGAUGGUAAUUGGGAUGAAAGUGUUGCAACGCUUGAGAAGAUUGGCUUAAGUGAACAAAUCCUGAAAUCUGCAUCAUUUUUGAUAUGGGAGUACAAAUUCUUUAACCAUCUGGAGAAGGAUGAAGUCAUGGAUGCUUUGGGGACACUGAGGAAUCAGAUUGCUCCUCUCAAAAUUAACAUAAAACGUGUACAUGAACUUUCUAGUUGUUUCGUUCAGUCCUCACGACAUGGCUUACUCGGAUUUGUCAAUAUGGAAAUCGAUUCUGAAAAAUUAGGAUUGAAGCUUCUAGAGGAAUUGAAUAAACUUCUUCCCCCGACUGUUAUGAUACCUGAGAACAGGCUAGAGAAUUUGGUUGAACAGGCACUUUGUCUUCAAAGGGAAACUUGUUUUCUUCACAACUCUGUAGAUAAGACACUUUCAUUAUAUACCGAUCAUCAGUGUGGAGAAGAUCAGAUACCAUUAAAAACACUCCAG